UAUCUUCCUCCAAACCUUUUUCUACUAAUGACAAUUUGAGAAGAGCGAACCAAGAUUACUCCCUUGCUUUAAUCUUAUCAUCAUUUCGUUCCCCUCAAAGCUUAAAACUUUUGCAAUUUCACUUGCACACUGGUAGUAAAUAGUGAGUGUUAGUUACUAUUAAGCAUUAACCCAGAAAAGAGAAAACUCACAGAAUGUGAUGAUCAAGUUUCUGCUCUAGUUCUAGUGUUGUUCUUUCUCCUAUCUCAUAUAAACAAUAAAACCCUUCAUCAUCUUUGUAUCGGUCUUCAAUGGCUGCCUCAGCUUUGGCACUAGCAUCAUCUACCUUCCCAUUAUGUUUAAGAAAGCCCUAUCAAAGGAUUUCACUUUACAAUGCCCGUUCCUUCAUCUUACAUGGAAAACAAUUCCUUCCUCACACUCGUACGAACCUUGAACCUUCUUUUCAUGUUAGAACCCCUCUUGCGGCUGUUCCUUCUUCCUUGCUCCAAAGGGGUGGUUGUGCUUUUUCUUCGGAGGAAGAUGAUGAUGGGGAUGAUACCAAUGAUAAAAUUGAAAAGUUUCUGCAUUUUGAGGAUAAGCCAAUGAAAUUCGCUUUGCUGGUUCUGUUUUGGGCUUCUGCCUCACUGGCUUGGUUUUCUUUUUCAAAAGAUGCUAAUGCUGCUGUUGCUGCUGCUUCUGACUCCAUUAAAGCUUCUGGCUUUGGGUUAAAGGUUGCAAAUUGGUUGAGGAAAUUGGGUUUGCCUGAUGGGGUUGUUGUGUUCACACUUGCCACUCUUCCUGUUCUUGAGCUUCGUGGGGCUAUUCCUGUUGGUUACUGGAUGAAUCUCAGCCCUUUCACUUUAACGCUUUUGUCCAUUCUUGGGAACAUGGUCCCUGUGCCGUUCAUCAUACUCUACCUUAAAAAAUUUGCAUCAUUCCUCGCUGCGAGGAGCUCUACCGCUUCACGAUUCCUUGACAUGCUGUUUGAGAAUGCCAAAGAGAAAGCCGGUCCAGUCCAGGAGUUUAAGUGGCUUGGUCUAAUGCUGUUUGUAGCAGUUCCUUUUCCUGGAACAGGAGCAUGGUCCGGAGCCAUCAUAGCAUCCAUCCUUGAUAUGCCAUUUUGGUCUGGUGUAUCUGCGAAUUUCUUCGGCGUUGUCUUUGCAGGGCUUCUGGUAAAUUUGCUAAUGAACCUUGGUCUGAAGUAUGCGAUUGUUACCGGUAUCAUCCUUUUCCUUGUUUCCACAUUCAUGUGGAGUGUCCUCAGAAAUCUCAGAAAAGGUUUGAGCCCUUCAAAUUGAAAUGAAAUAUUUUAUCUUCCUCUAUCAACACAGAGAGUUGUUGAGUGUUUUGUUAUACACUCUUUUCCUCUAGUAUUUUUGUGAAUGUAUAUUUGCAUAACAGAGCCUACUAGUUCAAUAAUUUUCAAAAUCAAUAUUAAA